ACAACAACAAAGGCAGUCGAAGCGGAAAAUCCAAAGCGGAUCAAAAGCAGGUCAAAUCAAAUGAGACCACUACCGAUACCGAAGACUCCAGUAUGCCACCCAAGCCCUCAACUCCUGAUGCGCCGCCAGCACGACCCGCGCUGACACAAGGCAAGCUAUCGCCGACGGCUCCUGAGUUCAAAUCGGAGCAGAUCCACCCGCUUGUUCCCUUCGAUCAGCCGCAAAACCCGGCGUCAAAUUCAGAUCACGGUGUUCCGGACAUGCCGUACGGUGCCUAUCCCGGCAACGGCUUUCUUCCCCAAUACUACUACGACUACUCCGGAGGGUUUAUGGGAGAGCCAGGGAGCAUGCCCCCUGAGCAGUGGGAGGAGUACAUGCGUGCGGUUGGGGCUUGUGGAGUCAACCCUGACGGAUCCCCGGCGGCGCCUCCCGUCCUGCCGAUUCCCGUCGACGGUCAAGGCGAGGCCUUCGUGCCAUACGCGGGUUCGCCCCCACUACCGUUCAACAGCCAGUUCUACGCCCCACAUGCCUUCCCGAUUCAGCCGCCCAUCUACCCGCCACCGGUUCUCCCGCCCCCUGCCGGCGCCUUUGGCGACGUCAGACCCGACGGUCCUCCGGUCGGAUUUGUUCCUGUUCCCGGCCAGGUUGACACGCAGUACGGACAAAUUCCGCCGCCUGGCUACUUCCUCCCGUAUCAAGGCAUGCCAGAGUUCCAGCACCAACACCAGCACCCCCAUCAGCAUGCGCACUCCCCGCUCCUCCUCGCUCCCCCCGCCGUUGCCCCUGUCGUCCUCCCUGCGCAUGGCCUUUCCGCCGGUCCCCCAGGGGCGCAGCCCGGCGCGCCUGCGCAGGUGGAAGCUAGCGACGACGGUGGAAUCAGCAACGGCAUCAGCAACGGUCUUAACGGCCUUAAACUUGACUCCGCAUCAUCUGACGGCUGUCAGCCGGGCGCGAAUGACACCGCGCAUUUGGGCCCCGCAGCGGAACAGUACCGCGGUCCGCGCACGUCCCGCCGGCGCAACGGCAAGGUGGGGGAGGGCGCGGGGAAGCGCGCAACCAGCCCCAGUAGCGACGGUGGAAGCAGCUCCGCCAGCGGCAGUGCUUCCGAGGUAGCGGGGAAUCAAGCGCAGCUGCAGAUGCCGCCGAACGGAUUCGCCCCCGUAGCCCCGCUGGGCGACCGCGCGGGGGCCGGCGGAAAGGACGGAACGGUGGACAGUUUGUCCGGAUGCUGUCUGCAGGUGAACCGGCCCGACAUGCCGGUUACAUACGCGCUGGCGAAAUUCUUCGUGAUCAAGUCGUUCAGCGAAGAUGACGUGCACAAGAGCAUCAAGUACAACGUGUGGACGUCCACCCCCGGCGGCAACAAGCGUCUGCACGCCGCGUUCCAGGAAGCCUCCGCGCUGUCGAGUUCCCGCGGCGUCGCGUGCCCGCUGUUCCUGUUCUUCUCGGUUAACGCGAGCGGGCAGUUCUGCGGGGUUGCGGAGAUGGUUAGCCCGGUGGAUUUCCACCGGAGCGUGGGGUUUUGGCAGGAGGAGGAACGGUGGAAUGGGCGGUUCAGCGUGCGCUGGCACGUGAUCAAGGACGUGCCGAACGCGCUGCUGCGUCAUAUUGUCGUGCCCGCGAACGACAACAAGCCCGUCACCAACUCGCGCGACACGCAAGAGGUGCCGCAGGCGCAGGGUCAGGAGAUGCUCGCAAUCUUCCGCAACUAUGCGACGCGCACGUCCAUCCUGGACGACUUUAGCUUCUACGACACGCGCCAGCGCGUCAUGCACGAGCGCAGGAUUGCACGCCAGCAGCAGCAGCAGCAGGGGGGUGCGCAAGGGGGUGCGCAGGGGGGGCCGCAGGGGGUGGUGCCACAGGGGCAGGGGCAGGGGCAGGGUCAGCAGCAGGGGCAGCAAGGGGGUGUGGCAUGGGGGCAGCACCAGCGGUUCCAGUCUCGCCCGCAUCGCUCUGAGCCUACUGUGGUGCGUGCGUAG